CUAGACAAAAAAAAGGUAAGUGAAGUAAAGACCGACAGGGCGAUUACAAGGUCUCAGUUUAACGCUAAAAUCAACGGAAGAGGCGUAGUUUAGCAUAUCCUAAGCCCUGCCUUUCUAGCUAGCACUUGGGAUAACCGCAGGCCGCAGAAGAGUGAGGACAGCAAGAACUUUCUUGUCCUCUUCGCCUAUUCCUAUAAACCUUAAUUUUAUUUUAUUUUGAUCCUUUUAGAAUCUACACACCAGGGAAAUAUUCAGAAUGUGGAGGUUCAGUUUCUGAGUCAAGAGAAAAACCAUAAUAAUGGAAAGCCUAGGAGGUAGAGGUUUCAGUAACACGAGCAGUGCAGCAACAACAACAAGGAAGAAGAGGAGCACUACGUUGCGGCGGCCUUGGAACGAAAGACAGUUACAGGAUACUUCAUCAUUGCCCUCCACACCCAUCCCUGACUAUAAUGAGAACAGGAUGGAAGAGAGGGAGUCAGAUGAAGGAUCAACGAAUGGUUCUUUCCAAGGAAGUAGUCAGGGACACAGCACUGGGUUUCUUGUCCCUACUAUUAAGAAAGAUUCGAGCGACCGUGUUGCUGAGAAGAAUACAAUCAAGAAGGUUAAACUCAAACUCGGUGGUGGUUCAUCAAAAGUUAUAAACGCAAUAUCUGCAUCCGAUGGUGCUUCUGAUAUUGGUUUGUGCUCAGCAAAAUCCUCCCACGCGUCCUUGGACACCACAAGCAAGGCGGAUUCAAGCAAAACAAUUACGUAUCCUGUUCGAAAAAGCAACCGCAUUUCUAAACGACGUGGUCUUGAUGAUGAUGAUGAUGACGAAGAGAUUCAGUUUCUGAGAAAGGUGAAAAUGGGUAAAGUUGUUGCUGACGUUGAUGAAGAUGAAGAAAGGGACAGAAAACAUAAAAAGCUGUCCAAGGUAAUGAAACAAAAUGUUGAGUACCCGCUUGGUGUUGGCAAGAAAGAUAAGACGAGAGGAAAAGCAUUUGAUGAGGAAGAAGAAGGUCUGAGUGAUGCAGAGGUUGAGCUAGGUAAUAAGAGCGGGAGAGCUAAAAGAAGAGAAGGUCUGAGUGAACUUAAGACAGAAAUUACUGUGACUACUCGUCGACGUUCUGGACAUAGCGGAAACCUCAUUGAGUUUCCUGGUGGCUUACCUCCAGCUCCACCUAGAAAGCGGAAAGAAGAUGGGUUAGAGGUUGAUCAGCAACUAAAGAAAGCUGAGGCUGCCCAGAGACGUAAACUGCAAGUCGAAAAAGCAGCUAGAGAGUCAGAGGCUGAGGCAAUCAGGAAGAUCUUAGGCCAAGACUCUAGCAGAAAAAAGAAGGAAGAUAAGAUUAAGAAACAACAAGAAGACAAGGCUAAGGAGAAGGCUGCAGACUCGAUAGCCCGUAGAUCAGACACAGUGAAGUGGGUAAUGGGUCCUUCGGGAACCAUCGUAACCUUCCCAGAAAAACUUGGAUUACCAUCUAUAUUCAACUCUAGUCCUCAAAGCUAUCCUCCACCGCGGGAGAGAUGUGCGGGUCCAGAAUGUAAGAACGCAUACAAAUACAGAGAUUCACAAUCAAACCUUCCAUUGUGCAGCCUCCAGUGCUACAAGGCGAUGAAAGGCUAGAAUGGAUAUUGUAAGUUUUUAUUCAAGCCCGUUAUCUACUUACGAUAGUGAUAGAAAAUAGUAAUCGUUCAUGUAAAUAGUAAUAAUGGAGCGUCAUGGGUACUGAUAUAACGAAACAGGAUGUAUAAUUUGUUUGUAUUUUAAAAUAAGAUUCAACUGUAAAUAAACAUAAGUGACUGUAGUUGUUAUGUUUUAUGUCAUAAUGUUUGAUUGGUUA